AUGUCCGCGGACAAGGCUUUCACAUUCCUCCCGCUAGGAGCUAUUAUCCAGGAAUUCAAGGUCGGCGGGAAAAACAUCGUGCAAGGAUUUCCUACUGCGGAGCUGUACAAGGCCCACAAUGCCCCGUACUUCGGCGAGACGAUUGGGAGGAUCGCUAACCGGAUCGCGAAAGGGAAAUUCGAAUUGAAUGGCCAGACGUACCAAUUACCUGUCAACAACGGUCCAAACUCUCUGCACGGGGGCAAUCUUGGUUGGGGCAAACGCGGCUUUGAAGGACCCCUGGACGUCGACCGCAAUGGGAAACAAGCUACCCUUUUCAAGUACCUUAGCGAAGAUGGAGAAGAGGGUUAUCCUGGCACAGUCGAAGUUCGCGUCUGGUAUGUGCAGGAGAAAGUAAACGAAAACGGGGUCCAGAAAGAGGUGUUGCAUAUUGAGUACGAAGCAGAGCUGCUGAGUGACGAUGUUCCUGCAACCGCAGUCAACAUCACCAACCAUAGCUACUUCAACCUUACCGGGUCUUCUACUAUCGCGGGUACAGAGGCCACUCUGAUCACGAACAAUUACCAAGUCGUUGACGAUGGUGGAAUUCCCACAGGACCUAUCGAGGAGUAUCCUGGUGUUAAACCCAACACUUCGUUCACUCUGGGCGAGAGAGAACCUGACAUCGACGACUGUUUCGUUGUCAAUACCAACCCCUCCAGCGUGCCCAUCGAUACUCGAAACCUCGCUCUGCAAACAGUGGCUUCCUUCUUCCACCCUGAGUCCAAGAUCCAUCUUGAGGUAGCGACCACUGAGCCUGCUUUCCAAUUCUACACUGGAAAGUACAUCGAUGUUCCAGCCGUAGAGAAUCUACCAGCACGCGGUGCCCGCUCUGCCUUCUGCGUUGAGCCUAGUCGCUACGUGAACGCUAUCAACGUCCCUGAACACAGAAGCAUGACCAUCCUAAAGAAGGGUGAGAAGUACGGAAGUAAGAUUGUAUAUCGCGGAUGGCAAGCAUAG